AUGAUUGUAUAUUUUCUGCCUAUCGUUUAUACGCACGCAAUUAUACUUUUCUUUUGUCGUGGGAAUUUCUCUCUCGUUUCUUCUCAGUCUCUUCUAUCUUUUUAUAGAUUCUCUAUCUAUCUAUCUAUCUAUCUAUCUUUAUCAGCCUUUUCUUUCUUUUUAACCAGUUACAUUUUUCACCCUUCCUUUUAUCCCAGGCUUUUCGCUCUUUUUUCAUCAUUUUUCACUCUUUUGCCUCUCUCUCUCUCUCUCUCUCUUUCCUCUUUCUCUCUCCCUCUCUCUCUCUUUCAGGCUUCUUCUUAUCACGUCUGCCCGUCUGUCUGUCUGUCUGUCUCUCUCCCUCUCUCUCUGUCUCUCUCUCUCUCUCUCUCUCUCUCUGUCUGUCUCAGCCUUUCCUUUCCUUUUUAUCUUUUUUCUCUAUCUUAUGGCCAAAAUUUUUAUUUUGUCGUGGGAUUUUUCUUUCUCGGUUUUUUCAGUCUCUUCUAUCUUUUAAUCUCUCUCUCUCUCUCUCUUUCUCUCUCUCUCUCUCUCUUUAUCUAUCUAUCUAUCUAUCUAUCUAUCUUUAUCAGCCUUUUCUUUCUUUUUAACAACAAUAUCAGCAGUACAGUUUUUUCCCUUUUCAGCAAUAUCUGCAGUACAGUUUUUUCCUUUUUCUGCAAUAUCUGCAGUACAGUUUUUUCCUUUUUCUGCAAUAUCUGCAGUACUGUUUUUUUUUUUUUUCAGCAAUAUCUACAGUACUGUUUUUUCUUUUUCAGCAAUAUCUCCAGAACAAUUUUUCCCUUUUCAGCAAUAUCUGCAGUACAGUUUUUUUUCUUUUUCAGCAAUAUCUGCAGUACAGUUUUUUCCUUUUUCAGCAAUAUCUGCAGUACAGUUUUUCCUUUUUCAGCAAUAUCUACAGUACAGUUUUUUUCCUUUUACAGCAAUAUCUGCAGUACAGUUUUUUUCCUUUUUUCAGCGAUAUCUACAGUACAGUUUUUUUUUUUUUUUUACAGUACAGUUUUUUCCUUUUCAUGCAUAUGCAGUACAAUUAUUCCUUGUUCCUUCAUAUGUGCAGUACUGUGUCGUCCGUUUCAGCUACAUGUACAGCACAGUUCAUUCCCUUUUCAAUUCUCUACAUGUUUUUUUUUUUAUUCCUUUCUCUGUUUCUUCUUCUUUUUUGUCGCUUUCUUCCUUUCUUCCUAUUUUCCUUCUUUUUUUCUGUUUUAUUUUUCUCACUCUACCUUUCGCCACUUAUUUUUCUUUUUCUCAUCUUCUGUAAAUCUCUUCCAUUUCUCAGCCCGUUCUUUUUUCAUCAGCUUUGUUCACACUUCUUCACGAUUCUCUGUCUUUCUUAAUUGUCAGCUUCUUACUUUCUCUUCUUGCUCAACUAGUUUUUCAUUCUUUUGUUUCUACGGUUGCACAUCUUAA